AUGAAACUAUCAUCGCAUCAGAAUUAUGAUCGGAAAUCCGAGCUCACGGCGUUCGAUGAAACCAAAUCCGGCGUCAAAGGACUUGUGGACGCCGAAAUCACCACCGUUCCCCGUAUAUUCAUCGUACCUUCAUCUGAAAAUCCAAACUCCGACGAACCACCGUCUCCAGAGCUAAAUCUCCCGACCAUCGAUCUCGAAGGAAUCAACGAAGAUCCAAUCCGGCGAAAGGAGGUGAUCGAGCAAGUGAAGAAUGCGUUGGGGAGUUGGGGGUUUUUCCAGAUGGUGAAUCAUGGAAUUCCCGAUAGCAUGUUGGAGGAGAUAAAAAAAGGGGUUUUAGGGUUUUUUGAACAGGAUGAUGAGGUGAAGAAGGAGUGGUACAGCAGAGGGGAUCGCAGUGGGAAGCUUAAACUUGUGUACAACAGCAAUUUUGACUUAUACUCUGCUCCUGUGGCGAAUUGGAGAGACACUUUUUAUUGCCCGAUGGCUCCAGAUCCUCCUCAACCACAUGAGCUGCCUUCUGCUUGCAGAGAUAUUUUGAUGGAGUACUCAAAAGAAGUAAUGAAACUUGGAAUUAAUUUAUUCAAAUUAAUAUCCGAGGCUCUUCAGCUCAACCCAGAUCACCUCAUCAAACUGGGUUGCGCUGAAGGACUUGCAGUCCUCGGACACUACUAUCCUCCAUGUCCACAACCCGAGUUAGCAAUCGGCACCAACACACAUACCGACAAUACCUUCAUCACAAUUCUUCUACAAGAUGAAAUCGGCGGCCUUCAACUCCUUCAUCAAAACCAUUGGAUCAAUAUUCCGCCUAAUCCUAAAGCUCUUGUAGUAAACGUUGGGGAUUUAUUACAGUUAAUUUCAAACGAUAAGGUUUUUAGUGCACAACAUAGAGUUUUGGCAAAUAAGAUCGGUCCAAGAGUGUCUAUAGCAUCGUUCUUUACGACUGGAGACCUUCAGACAUCGAUGGUGUGUGAGCCGAUUAAAGAGUUGGUAUCUGAAGAGAAUCCUGCAAAAUAUAGGAGUAUAACGGUGAAGGAAUAUCAUGAGCAUUUUAACACGAAGGGCCUCAAUGGGAUAUCUGCUCUUUUACGUUUCAAGAUCUAGAUAUGUAUACAAGAACUCAAAAUAUUGAAACAUGGUAUUUGGUAGGGCCGGUUCUAAUGAAGUAAAUAUCUCCAACGACCCAGGACGAGCCAGAAAAAAAAAACCUUAUCAUUAUUAUAAGUUUUUAUUUUUAAAUAAAAAUAUAUCUAUAGUAUGUAAUAAAAAAAAUUAAGCCCUAGACAGUUCUCCACUAGGUUGAGAUCUUGUUCGUAGAUUUUAUCAAAUUUCCUUUUAGGCCUUAUUUGAUAUUAAAAUAUUUUUUAUCAGUUAAGUUACUUAAUUAAAUCUAUAAUAUAAAAUAAUUGUAUUUUAUAUAAAGUAUAUAAUUUAAAUGUAAAUAUUAUAUUAUAAAACUUCGUGGUUAAAUAAUAAUUUGUUGUUUUUUAAUAAUUACGCAUGUAAAAAUUUUAACAUCUCUUAUAUCUUUAAAAGAAAAAAAAAGAUCCAGAAACUUUCAAAACAAAAUCAGAAACAACUAAACAAUAAAACAUACAUACUUGUUUCUUGAAUCAAUCACGAUAUCAGAAUAACUAACACUUACCUAACUAGCUUCUAUGGCUGCCAAGAAAUAUAUAUUGUAAAUGUAAUAUAAGACCAAGAGCAAGAAGCCUCGACUCUAUAAGACUAUAACGAUAAGAAAACUUUGGACCUACACCUUUUCUUCCAUAGUGGAUGCUCUCUCUAAAGGUAAGGUGACAUUUGUGAAGUGAUUAUAUGAACAUGUAUUCUUCUUACGGGGUGGCCAAAUGAAUAAGAAAUGAUGAAUGAUUUGAAAGGGUAAUUAAUUAUGUUCUAUAUACAUCUUUUGGUCAGUUUUUUAUUACACGAUUUAAAAUUAAGGUUAAUGAUAUUGUCUGUUGUCUCUCAAUGAAAUUUCGGUUUCGAACGUAUGUUCUGG